CGAUGGCGUGUUUUGCUGUGUGAGAUCUAUAAACUCUCGUAAUAAUGUGUGUUUGAAGUGUUGUGCAGUGGAAAUAAUAGUUCAAAUGGUGAAAAUUUCAAGUGACGAUUUCUCGUUUAGCUAACAUCACGGAAUUUGGGAUAAUGGAGUUGAAACUGCAUUCUCCCGCUGGGGCUGAACCCGUAUUAUAUACCUGGCCGUUAACCUCUGGUCGUGGAAACGAUAAACAUGAUGGAGCGAUCGAAAUAGUGGAGACUAUCAAAUGGGUUUGCGAGGAUCUUCCCGAGUUGAAACUUCCAUUGGAGAACAACAUACUCUGUGACUAUGACACGCGGAGUUACGAGAGCAUGAAAUCGCUGUGCGAUAGAUUCAAUAGAGCAAUUGACAGCGUCGUUGCCUUGGAGAAAGGUACCUCGCUGUCAGCGCAUCGCACCUCGAAUUACCCGUCGAGAGGCCUCCUGCGGCACAUCCUGCAGCAAACCUACAACGCCGCCGUGACCGAUCCGGAGAAGCUCAACCAGUACGAGCCCUUUUCGCCGGAGGUCUACGGCGAGACGUCCUACGAUCUCGUCUGCCAGAUGAUAGACCAGAUCGAGAUCACCUCCGACGACGUCUUCAUCGAUCUCGGUUCCGGCGUCGGGCAGGUCGUGCUCCAAAUGGCGGCGGCCACCCCUUGCAAGAUCUGCCUCGGCAUCGAAAAGGCUGAGGUGCCCAGCCGGUACGCGGAGAGCAUGAACAAGAACUUCAGGACGUGGAUGCAGUGGUACGGGAAGAAGUACGGCGAGUACAAGCUGAUGAAGGGCGAUUUUCUGACCGAAGAGCACAGGGAGAAGAUCAAUCAGGCUACCAUCGUGUUCGUGAACAACUUCGCCUUCGGACCCUCCGUAGAUCACCAGUUGAAAGAGCGAUUCGCCGAUUUGAAGGACGGCGCGAAGAUCGUUUCUUCCAAGAGCUUUUGCCCGUUGAAUUUCCGCAUCACCGACAGGAAUCUGAGCGACAUCGGGACGAUAAUGCACGUGUCCGAGAUGUCCCCGCUCAGAGGCUCCGUCUCGUGGACCGGCAAGCCGGUGUCUUACUAUUUGCACAUUAUCGAUCGUACUAAGCUCGAAAGGUACUUUCAGAGACUGAAAAAACCCCAAUUGAAAAGUUGCGACGACGACAACUCCAACUCGAACUCCGUCACGAGCAACCGAGGCGCCAGGGAUCGCGCGAAACGCGACCUGUCCAAGCAACUCAUGGAUUCUUCCACCGAAUCGGAUUACGAGGACAGCACUUACGGCCCCACAACGAGGAAAGCUUGGUCGGAUUACUGCUCGAUCAAAGGCAAGAGCAGCCAAUCCGAAGAAGAAAUGCAAACUUCCAAGAAUAAGCGACAACCAAAGAAGCUGCGUCGCAAAGUCAACAGAAACUCGAAAGGUCAACUGCAACAGGACAAAGGCCAGCCGAAGGUCGUGGGGAAACCCAGGCGGGGUCGCGUCAAGAAGGCGAAGGCCAAGAAGCAAAUCAAAAUCAACGGUUUGGAUCUGCUUCACAACGAAACGUUGCUGAGCACCUCGCCGCAAGCCAGCGGGAAGAAACCGCCGCCGGCGCCCGGCUGCGUCGACCAGAAGCUCACCACGCUCAGUUCGGAUUUGAUCGUCCACAACGAACUGGACAUACCGGAACAGCCGUCGGACACGCCCUACGGGCUGCAGGUGCUCCUCGACAUGUUCAAGGGCCACUACAUGCAGAUGCUGAACCAAAUGAAGAACCCGCACUACAAAUCGAUGGUCGAUUCGCAGAUCGAGGACGAGAAGGAGCGGAACAGGAAGCUGAAGAGCCGCGCCGCGCAGCUCGAGAAGCAGAUUAAAGUGCUCAUAGACGACAGCGUGGCGUUGCUCAAGGCGAGAAUGAGCGAAUUGGGCAUCAACGCCACCUCGCCUGUGGACCUCCUGGCGAAAGCCAAGGAAAUCGUCUGUCGCCAUAAGGAAUUGCAAGCGAAAGCCAGCAAAUUGCAAGGGCAAGUGGCCAAUUUGGAGGCCGAGCGGGACAGUAUGGUGUUGCAACGGCAGGCGGAAGUUUGCGAGAAAUACGUCGGCUCUGUAGCCACCGAUUUAUCGCCGAAAGCGGCGCAGGAGUACAUCUUGAGAGAGAUAUCGUCGACGUUGGCGCACAGGAAGAAGCUGCAGAACGAAGUGUCGAAGCUCGAAGGCGAUAUAAUAACGUUGCAAAAAAACGAAGAGCGCAAACAGGCGCAGGUGAUGGCCGUGCGGCAACAGCAACAGCCGCCGACAAAAGUGUCGAGGAAAUCGCGCGAGUACAGGGCGCGCUCGCAAGACUGGCCGGACGUGCCGGACAUAGCGAAGAUCGAAGAGCAGAAUCCCGAAAUUUUAGCGCAAAAAAUAUUGGAAACCGGCAGGAAGAUAGAGGCCAGCAAGAUGUCGGCGAUUAGUAACAAAGUGCCUCAAAUCAUCAGCAAUCCCGCCAAGACGGCGCAAUCGAAUCACCAGAAAUCGCUCGUGCGCAACAACAUGCCCGCCCCGCUUCCCAUGACGAAACGCCAAAAAACCGCCCACAACUACCCCAAUCCCAACGCGUCGAAUGCCUCCAACGCUUCGAAGGUCCAAGAACCGCCGCGCAUAGCGAACUUCGAGGACAGACUGAAGAGCAUCAUCACGUCCGUUCUGAACGAAGACGUCCAAAAUCGUACUAAGCAAGCCCCGGCGCCCAUCCUGCAAUACAAUACUCAAACCAGCCUGCCCAGCACUCAGCACAACAACGUCGGAUCUCACAGCUACAACUACCAAAACACCUUCGUCUCCCCCAAGCAGGAGGAGAAGCCGAGGAAGUACCCGCAACAGCAGCAGCCGCCGGCCAAGUUCGCCGGCGCGCGGUGCGAAACCGUCGUCAGGCAGAAGGACUAUCCGCACCAGGAGGGACUGGCCAGCAUGAUGGAGAACUACAGGGAGGAGCUGCCGAAGAUGUCGCCGCAACAGGCCGCCCUGCAGCGGCCCGCCCAGAACCCGGAACAGCCCGACUACACGCAAGUUUCCCCCGCCAAAUUGGCCCUGAGGCGGCACCUUUCGCAGGAGAAGCUGGUGCACCAACAGAUCCCUUACAAUCCGAACGAUGGAAUCGUCGCUACGAGAACGAUAGGUGACCUGAUGUCUGGUGAAAUCGAACGAACGUUGGAAAUUUCUAAUCAAUCCAUAAUAAACGCAGCGGUAGAUAUGAGCGACAUCCAAGGCACCGCUACAUUAUCCUCACGGUCCGUGGUAAACGCCAAUCUACCGCCUCGUCCCGAACGCGUGAACGUGAAAGUACCCAUAACGGACCCACCGGCCGCCCAGAAGGAAGUAGAACCGGCCCCGCGACAGCAAGUCUACAGCCCCAUAUCCCGACCGUCCUCGACCGAAGGCUUAGAAGGCCUCACCUACAUGCAUUCCCACGGCAAGUACGCAGCACCGCCGCAGCCGAGUCCACGGCAACAGUACUCGCCGCGCACGACGGUGAUGUACCCCAGGAACGCCGCGGUCAAUUCGUCGUACUCCAACGAAAUCUACACGCCGCUGCCGCGCGCCGACAUCAAGCCGUACCACGAGUCGUACUUCAACGACGUCAAGUCGCCGGUGCGCGCGGAGCCCGACGGCCGCAACGGCUUCGUGGCCGAGGGGCUGGCGGCGACGCUGCAGUCGCGCGCGCUCGGCGCGCCCAUCAAGGAGGAGGCGGACGCGUUCGAGCGGAAGCCGAGCUUCCACGCGCCCGCCGCCUACGCGGAGGCCGCCGGCGGCGGCGGCGGCGUGAAGACGGAGGGCGGCGAGGGCGCGUUCAAGCGGGAGUCGCCGGUCAUCCAGGGGCCGGUGCGGACGGGCGCGAAGAGGUACGUCGACGGGCAGAGGGGCAACUUCGGUAGCGACGGGUCCGCGGAGGGUCAUUCGAAUUCUUCGGCUGCGAUGGUCGAGGAAGCGUCGGAGCAACAGAAGGCGAGGAAAUGCAACGACGAAGAAGUCGACGCUGCGGAAGACGAAGGCGAAGAGUCCAAAUGGCAGGACCGCAUAUCGUCCGGCUUCGACCGCCUGGUGGCGUUCGCCUCCACCGAGCUGGACAAGCGGCGGCGCUCGACCGAGGGCAACGACAGCUGCAACACGUCGCCGGACUCCGGCAUCGGCCACGGCCACGGCGACAUGCCGCCGGCGGCGGCCGCGCCGCCCGCCAAGCAGCAGCUGAAGCUCCACCCGAACGGCAAGCCGACGCUGUUCAAGAUGCCGCCGAGCAAGACGUACCUCGACUCGUCGCCGAUCCUCGACCAGGCCAGCGAGGAGCUGGGCCCGCCGCGGACGCCGUCGCCGUCGUCGCCGGCCGCCUCGAACAGCCUGUCGAUCAACUUCAGCCCGGAGCCGGUGCCGGCCGAGAAGAGCCCGCCGCGGCUGAACCCGGCGCUGCUCAAGUACCAGCGGUACCCCGAGGACAAGAAGAAGCACGACACGCACUUCAAGAAGAAGUUCUACUACAGGGAGUGGCGGGACGACGCGUGGACGAAGGAGGAGCGCCACGAGCCGCUGAAGGAGAAGUUCAGGCCGAAGGGGAAGGAUUGGGACUGGAACAAGGAGCACAACGUGCAGCAGCUGGUGGGCGACGAGUGGGGCAGAUCUCACGACCAGUACAAUUGGAAGAAUUGACACAAUUUGAACUGUUUCUAUGAUCGUUUUUACAAUGAUUUCGCGAGGCGAAUGUAUGGAAUGUCGUACCCGUACCUCUUCUAACGUUGCGCAACGUUUCUCGAGACGCUAUUCUAAUUAUGACUCAGGUUGAUGUGAAAUAAAUCCAUAUUUUUCGGUCGCUAUUCGAAUUCUCGCUAGAAUAUUAAAUGUAAAUUCCUAUCGUGCGUAAAUUACAACUUUACAAGAGGUAAAGGUGGUCUGUUACUGUGAUUUUUCCCAUUGGCCAAAAUUCUAACGACUUAUCUCAUAAAAGUAUAUUUUUUAAUUUUAAAAUUGAACUGCUUAAAGCACUGAAGCUCGUUUUGACAAUUUUUUAUCACAACACGAAACGUUCAAAAAGACACACCAUUGUGAUAUUAAAUUAAUUAAAUGGUCGCUACUAUGUUUGAUUCGCGAUUUUUUUUAGGAACCGUUUGAAGUAUGCGCUACUUGUAAAAUCGUCCUAAGGACAUUUCUAUUUUGUUAAUUUGUUAUUUUCAAAUUAUUAAUCAUAGUAGUGAUCGAAAAAAGUUCGGAAAAACGUUUUGGUCAAUACAUAUAGUAUUUUAUACAAUGCCUCCAUAAUUAAUUGACUCCCACGUCACCUAAAAUAUCAAUAUUGUGAAUAGAAAUCGACACAAUGGCAUGAGAAUAUUAAUUGUCUACGUUAUUUAUUAUUCAUUUUUAGGUUAAAUUCAAAAACUAUGACAGUUCACUAAUGACAGUAUUUUAGUAACUUUUUUUGGAGGUACCAACAAAAAAAAUAACAAAUUUACUACAAAUCGAUUCGAAAUUGGUCACGUGGGAGUCAUAUUUGAAGGCACUUCUUAUUAAAAAUUCACGAUUCCAAGGCGAUUUCCGAGCUAAAAACGACACUGCCGAGAUAAUUGCUGUGUUAUAGUAAGUAUACUUUUAUGUUUACAUGACUAGAUGUGUCGAUCACCGAGGCAGACUAUAAUUUAAUGAAAAAAAAAAUUGUACGGAGUGUUGUUACUUCGUGCGAAACAACGACUGCAAUUUUUGUGUUCAAAUAUUUAAUGUAAAUGAAGUAGAUGUUUCAUUUUAAUCCGAGUAAGUUAUUUUAAAAUUAAACGCGGAUAAUGUACAAUUGUAUUCAAUAUAUCACUGCCUUUUUAAAAAAAUUUCGUCUCUUCGCUUCUAAAUUAUUAAACGAGCAUUUAAUUUAUUUGUGUGUAAAAAACUGUAUAUUAUGAAAGAACGUUGACUGUAAAUAUUUAAACGUAAAUAUUAUAGUAAUUGAAAAAUUUAGUACAACUUUUGUAAAUAGGUUUAGUACAUUUUAAGACAUUUUUUUAGGUAAAUUAUACUUUCCAAUUUGGCUAUUUCAAAUUCGUAGGGCGUUUUUACGGUAAGAGUAUAACAUUUACACCGUAGCUUUCUCACGCAAUUUUUGUUUAUUGCCGGACAUUUUAGUAGCGCCCUCUGGCGUAGGAAAUCCUGUACUUACUAAUUUAAUUCCAAUUAGAAAAAGCAUUUUGGUACAUAAACAAAACGCAUUGUGUGGAAAAGUGACGAGGUUUUCAUUAUAAUUUUUUUUUUUGUGUAUAAAAGUUUCGAGUGCAAGUAUUUUCCACUGCCAAUUUUUUACUAGUGAAAUGCAUGCCAUCAACUUUUAUAAAUUAAUUUAUCGAGGGGAUUAUCGCAAUUUUAGCAUUUUUUUUUUAAUAUUUCGACGGCGAGUCGCGGCUAUUUCGGCUCGAAGGAGAAUUCAUCACCCUAUUUUAUGUACAAAUUAAUUUUAUCGGAAAGGUUUGCGACGGUCCCUUUCAGUAGUCAUCGGCUUUAGUUGAAUUGUUUUUACGUAUGUAAUUCUUAAAUGACUACUUUGUAACAUAUAAUCCUCACUAAGAGCGUCCCUUUUGAUGACAUGUAUUCGGAAGAAUGGCUUGUAUGGUCAAUAAUCAAAAUGUGCACACCGCAUGCGACAUUUUUCCUCUGUAUAAUAAUGUACAUGGUAAGCACUGGAAUAUUCAAUUAAUUUUUUGCCUCAGUAAAUUCAUGUUGCAACUUCCCGCAAAAUUUUACAUAGGUACUUUAUUGUAUUUUAUUUUUUUUUACAGAAGUUUUAUUGCAGCUGGAGUUAAUUCAGUAACCUGUGGUUUACUUUGUACAUGGUUAAUCGGUGAUAUUUUGUGCUUAUUUCUAUUUUUCAUUUUUUUUUGUUAAAUAAGUUUAACUUUAUUAACAAUUAUUUGUCACUAUGUUGUUAUCAUUACUUAUGUUAUAGUCUAUUUUUUUAGUGCUAUGUUAAGAUUUUUGAUCAGUUUUGUUUGUGAAAUUUUAUUUCAUCCACUUUUAUUCAUAGUUUGCAAUUUGUUUUAUUUUUUUCUUUUCAUUUGAUAAUAUCUUAACCAAAGGUUAAUUUACCAAUAGUAGUCUUAUACAGAAGUUAACAUUUGUGAAUAAAAGGGUGUCGAGUAUUAAGAGCUUUUCGAGAUUACUGACAUAUUCAAAAUUGUUUUCAGAAAUUUAAUUUUACAGAAAAAUCAUGUGGUUUUUAAUUCGUCUAAUCACCAUAAAUUUUACCUCGAAACAUAAUGUAUCCUAUUACUUAAUUCAACAUCCCUUUUUAAAUAAAUCAGUUGAUUUUGAGAUUGAAACUUUUUGGUAAACAUUACUGUUUUGAAUGUGAAUAAGACUAGGAAUAGAUUGUAUGUUACAUGUAUUGAAUAAGUCGGUAAUAUGGUGUCACAUGUCACAUACUGCCAA